ACAAGACAGAAUUCAUGUAGAAACAAUCAAACACCUAUGCAAGCCUAUUUCAUAUUUUAAAGUAAGAAGAAGAAAAAAUGAUGGGUUUAACAUUCAUCUCUGUAUUCUGUACUAGAAGCUGGAUUUUCAUUCAAGAUACAAUGACAAAGUAAAAGGAAGAAUAUAUACCAGUAGACCGACCGCAUUUUAUACUAUUUUUUCCUCCUUAAAUGGAAGCUUCGUACCCUUUUGCACGAGAUUUUGAGUCCUCAAAAUCUACCUUUUCAUCAAUAAUACAAUUUAAAAUUUUUAGACAAUUGUCUUCUACUAGUUUAAUCGUAGUAUUAAUAGUCAUAGCAGUACAUAUAUAGAGGCAUACAGUUCAUUCUAGCAUUCAUAGGCAGGCCUUUAUUCUCUCUCUCCUCUCUUCUCUCUUCUCUCUCUUUAGAAAUGGAGUCCUAUAAACACUUGUUGAGCACAGAAGGAUGUAGCAGCAGUGAAUCAGGGUGGACUACAUAUAUUGCCUCUCCCAUGGAAGAAGAUGAACCUCAAUGCAGUUAUGAUGAUGUUGAAUACAACUAUAAUAGCAUUACAAGUCACACAAGCAUUCAAGAGAUUGACAAAGAUGACAAUGGCAGUGAUGAUUCAAUGGCUUCGGAUGCAUCCUCUGGCCCAAGCCAUCAUCAACACCACCUUGUCUUGCCUUCUCGCAGUAAAGAAAGUAAUCCAGGCACUGCUCGUUAUAGCAAGCAAUCGAAGAACAAGAACACAAGCAAACAAGAGAAGAAAAGGGGUGAAAAGAGUACCAAACGGAAGUGAGAAGUCGAUGCAGGCUCAAGAAGUGAUGGAGGCACAGAUACGAGUCCUGCUCAUAGAAAAGACUGCAAAUUAUAGUUGUUUAUUAAGACUAUAAGCUUGCAAAUGAGAAGAAGAUGUAUAUUCUUUCUUUGUAUUCAGAAACAGAAGCAUAUAUACUCUUUUUUAUUUCUGAAAAUUAUUGAUGAUUCAUGCCACGUACUUAACUGUUCUACAAGGAAACAAAGUGAAUGACCAGUUUCUCAUUUUUCCAGCACAAUUAGCUUGAAUUUCUUGUGUGUUUUCUCAACAUAAUUCAAGAUGUA